AUGCUGAAGGGCAAGUGGUGCCUGGUGACGGGCGGCGGUCGCGGCAUCGGCCGAUCGAUCGCCCUCGCCCUCGCCAAGGAAUCCGCAUCUCUGGCGCUGACGGCCCGAUCGCUCGAACAGCUGGAAUCCGUGGCCGCCGAGUGCAAGGCGGCCGGUGCGCCGGAGGUGGAAGUCCACACGGCGGAUGUCACGGACCCCAAGGCGAUGGACGGGCUGGCGGCGAAGCUGUUGGAGAAGCACGGCUGCGUCUCCGUGCUGGUGAACAACGCCGGCAUCCUCGCAAAUGGGAUGAGCGCCCUUGAGGGGGACCCCGAUGAGUGGGAGAAGAUGGUGGUGGCGGACCUCACGACUCCAAUGCGGCUGACGCGCCUACUGGCGCCUGCCAUGGUGGAGCGCAAAGACGGCGCGAUCAUCAACAUUUCCUCCAUCCUUGGCGUGGAUCCCUGGGGCCACACUGCCGCCUACUGUGCUGCCAAGUUUGGCCUGCGGGGCUGGUCGCUGUCCUGCCACGAGACCCUCCGACGUAGCAACGUGAAAGUGGUCUGCAUCAACCCCGGAGUUGUGCGCACCUCGCUGGCAGGGUGA